AUGGAUUCUGCCCUGUCUGCUAUCAGCACUAACAACACCUGUGCUGAUUCUCUAAUAACCUUUUCUCAUUAUAUUGUAUGUGUUGUUUUGGGAAUUAUAGCAACUGUGACAAUGUGUGGUAACCUGCUUGUCAUAACAGCUAUUAUUUACUUCCAACAACUCCACACUCCGACAAAUUACUUGGUUCUUUCUCUGGGUGUCUCUGACCUCUUAGUGGGAGUCAUAGUGUUGCCUUUUAGUAUUUUUUUAUUUCUGAAUCGAUGUUGGCAUCCUCAAGGAAUUCUGUGCAAAAUCCGAGGCGUUUUUGAUAUAUUGCUCUGUUCUUCUUCAAUAUUUAACCUGUGCUUUAUUUCUAUUGAUAGAUACUAUGUAGUUUGCCAGCCACUUAGCUACAGAAGUAAAAUCAACGUACAUGUUAUUAUAGUCAUGAUUUUGGUCACCUGGACUCUGUCAUCGUUUAGUGGUGUUAUCAUCACAGUUUGGGGAAGAAAACGUGGAAAUUCAGAAAGAUGUGUUUUUUUCCAGAAUGUAAGUACAGCAGUGGUUGGUGCAGUCUUCUCCUUUUACAUCCCUGCUGUUAUUUUAAUUGGGAUUUAUGCAAAGAUUUUCCUUGUGGCACACAGACAAGCCCGACGUAUCCAGGCUGCAAAGUCCAGAGCCACUGAUAGCAAAAUGGAGAGGAAGGCGACUCGGACUCUAGCGAUAGUCAUGGGUGUAUUUCUUCUCUGCUGGGCCCCUUUCUUUUCAUGCAUAACCUCUUUGCCUUUCAAUAACUACGUCAUUCCUCUGACUGUAGUGGAGACGUUUAAGUGGUUUGGAUGGUCUAACUCGAUGCUAAACCCGUUCAUAUACGCCUUCUUUUACAGCUGGUUCAGAUCUGCUUUUAAAAUAAUUCUCUCUGGGAAAAUAUUUCACAAGAAUUUCACCACCAUAAGGCUUUUUUAG